AUGUCGGCGCCAGCAGGCGACAAGGUGACGUUCAUUGGGAUUGGCGGUGGGCGCGGGGCCGGCAAGGCGUACACGUGCCGGAAUGUCAUCGACAAGGUGCGCGAGCGCGGGUACAGCGCCUUGGCCGACUCAAUCAUCCAUCUGAAUCUGGACGAUUUCCACUGCGAGCUGCCGCAUGCGGACCGCGUCCAGAUGGCCGACGGCAAGGCGCGCAUCAACUUUGACCACCCCGAGUCGUUCGACUUUGAGCUGCUGGCACAGGUCCUGGACAAGCUGCGGCAGGGCCUGGCUGUCGAUGUGCCUGUGUGGGACUGCGCGGCCAAGAAGCGCAUGGGCGUUCGGCACAUCGCGACAAAGCCCAAAGUGGUGCUUGUCGAGGGCAUUCUGGUAUUGUACACGAGGGCUGUGCGGCAGUUUCUGGACAUGCAGGUGUUUGUGGAUGUAGACAGUGAUACUCGGCUGGGGCGCCAGGUGCGGCAGGUGCUGGAGGGCACUGGCGAGGAAGAGGCAAAGAACCAUACCAUCCUGCGCCAGUUCCUGGAUGGGUACCUGUACUUGGCCAAGCCGUCGUUUGAGGAAUUCAUCCUGCCAACGAAGCGGUGGGCGGAUGUGAUCGUGCCGCGCGGCGACAUCAACCACGUAGCCAUUGAGCUUAUUGCGCAGCGCCUUAUUGAGCUUGGGCACGAGGCGGCCGCCAACUGA